CCAACGCGGCUGCUUCAAGCAUGGAGAAGAUGGAACGGCUCUGGUCAAGUGAGAAGCCUCUCGUCAAGCCUCUCCCGUCGAGGAGGCUCGAUGAGGCUCAUGGCGCCCGUCGCUCGCAGCUUCCUCUGUGCGAGCAUUGCUCGCUGCAGCACCUGCGAUGGCCUGCCUGGAAUCAUCGCGUCGAUCACGCCAUGCGCGUCGCCAGCAAGAUCGCGGCUGGGAGCCAGUGGAACGCGACGCUGCAUGGGGACAGCAGCGAAGAAGCGGCGGGGGAGGAGAAGAAGAUCGACGAUGCGAUCACGACGCUCAAGACAGCGCUGCAGAAGGAGAAAGAGGAGGCACCUUCAGCUGCGGGGAUGAAGACAGCAAGUGCGCCUCAGGUGCAGUGCUUGUCGGUCUGCUAUGCUGAAGCUCAAAGCCUGCUGGCUCGGGUGAGAGGAAAAUCUCAAGGGAAGGGGAAGGAGGAGAAGACAGUCAAGCCUGUGCGAGCACCGGCAGGCAACUCAACCUCAACCUCGGACAGUUCAGCUGCGGAGGAUGCGGAGGAAGUGGAAGACCUGGCACUGGCAGCAGCAGCGAAGGCACAGGAGGAGGUGAAGAAGGGUGAGGAGAGCCUCAAGGCCGUGCUGGUCAAUCAGCAGCAACGAGCCGAUGAGGCAGAUGCCUCAACCUCUUGUAGUUUAUGUACAGCAAACCA